GAGCGGCGCCUCCUUCCGCGGGGUCUCCCGGGGUCCGCAGGUGCCCGCAGGUCUCCGCGCUCGGCUCCCCCAGGGCUGCGCGCUCCAUGGCCCCCCGCGGGAGGAAGCGGAAGGCCCAGGCGGCCGAGCAGCCGGCCGACAAGCGGGAGAAGCUGGCCGGCGCCCCGGACAAGGUGGAGGAGGCCACCGUGGUCAUCGAGCAUUGCACCAGCUGACGCGUCUACGCGCGCAACGCCGCGGCGCUGAGCCAGGCGCUGCGCCUGGAGGCCCCGGGACUCCCCGUGCAGGUGAACCCCGACAAGCCCCGGAGGGGCAGCUUCGAGGUGGUGCUGCGGCGGCCGGACGGCAGCAGCGCCGAGCUGUGGACCGGGAUCCAGAAGGGCCCGCCCCGCAAGCUCAAGUUCCCGGAGCCUCGGGAGGUGGUGACGGAGCUGCGGAAACACCUUCCGUAGCGAGGCUGCGGAGGAGCCCCCCAGAGCCGAGCUUUCUGUCGUGGUGAUGUUGGAACAUUAAUGAUGGGACAUGACCAAACUUUUAGUUGUGUGCCUGAAGCCACAGUUACCUCCUCUCCAGAAAUGAAGGUUCAGUUCUCAGGUGAUCCUCUAGCAAGGCACUGGAAAUUCUUUUGGUUUGUUUUAUAAUGAAAGUUGAAAUAAAGUA